AUUUUAAAAGGGCAUAGGAUAUCAAUCAAAUUGUUUCUUAGCAUAAGAAAAAGCCCUGGUGAAUCAGGGCCAAGGCCUGUCUACUUCAGCAACUUGCUGUCACAGUGGCGGUCCAGAUGCUUAUGGGAACCUGAAAGCAGGGCCUGAGUGCAACUUCACUCUCCCCUCCUGCUUAUGGCAAAUGAAUAAACUAGAUUACAGCUACUGAAUGCCUGACCCUGAGUGAGCAACUAGCUGGGCAGGCAGGAUGGAAGCAGGUUCAUUGCAGCUUGUCCCCCAUCAGCAGCAUAAGUGCUCCUCCAUCCAAUUUUUUUGUCACACCAAAAUCACAUUUGUGAAUGGAGUGACAUUUGUAGUCUCAUAUUGAAUGUGGACACCCACACACCAAUUUCACUUUAUCUGUUAACUGGUGAUUGUAUGACUGAGGGCAGGGCCUGCCUUAGAACUGAUUUUGUAAGCUGCUCUGAGAGUCUGUUUGCCUGAAAGGUGCAGCCAUGCAGGAAAGCAUCCGAUUUGCUUCAUCGGGAGAUGAUGAUGUUAAAAUAUGGGACGCUUCAUCCAUAACUGUAGUGGAACAGUUCAGUCCCCAUUCUUCAUCACACCCAGUUAGCUCUGUAUGCUGGGGCAGCAACAAUAAUUUUCUGGUCACUGCUUCUGCUGCUGGCGAUAAAAUAGUGAUUUCAAAUGGUAAAGGUAAACCAGUUCCACUCUUUGAGCUAGCUGAAGGGGCAAAACAAACCUGUAUAAGUUUGAGUUCUAAUUCAAUGUAUAUUGCAAGUGGAGGUGCGGAUAGCACUGUUAACAUAUGGGAUUUAAAGUUCAGAAAACUUCACCGAGCUCUUAAGGAUCACAGAGAUGAAAUAACUUCUGUAACAUUUAAUUGGAAUGAUUGCUAUAUUGCUUCAGGGUCUAUGAGUGGUGAAAUUAUCCUGCAUAGUCUUACUACGAAUUUAUCCAGCACUCCAUUUGGCUUUGGCAGCAGUCAGCCCAUUCGGCACUUGAAAUAUUCUACCUUUAAGAAAGCAUUAUUGGGUAGCGUUUCCGACAGUGGGGCUGUAACUCUGUGGGAUGUCAAUAGUCAAGCCCCAUAUCAUAACUUCGAAAGUGCUCAUAAAGCUCCGGCCUAUGAAAUCUGCUUUUCUCCCAUCAGUGAGCUGCUAUUUGUAACUAUAGGUCUGGAUAAAAGAAUCAUUCUCUAUGACACCACCAGUAAAAAGCAGCUGAAGACUUUAGUAGCAGAAUCUCCUCUAACUGCAGUAGAAUUCAUGCCUGAAGGAACUUCCUUGGUGGUUGGAUCUUCUCGUGGAAAGAUAUAUCAUUAUGACCUAAGAAAACUGUCCGCACCUGUGAAAUCAGUCAGUGCUCACAAAACCUCUGUGAAAUGCAUAACACUACAGUGCUCUAACAACUUUUCAAGGUCUAGCCUUAAGUCAUCCUUAACUAAGCAGGCCUGCAAAAGAUCUGAUGUCAAAACAACAAGCAAUACUGGAGGGAUUCAGAAUGCUGGCAUGAUCAAAAACGUUACUCCUAACAUGCCUGCCACAUUCCUGUCCCCAUCCUUGCCAACAGCUGAAGUUAAAGGAGCUGAUGCCAUUCAGGAUAAAUCCGGAUUCCCACGCAGCUGCAGUUUGGAUGUAAUUCCUUCCAAAGAAAUUGAUCAUGGGAAUACUUCUAAUCCAGCUGAUGAUUUGGGGAGAAAUAGUUUAGGUGACUUGUUCUCUCCACUUCGAGAUGAUGUUGCAGUUUGUAAAACAAGUGAAGAUGUUCCCGGAAAGAGUGAUGGUAUGGAUUUUCAACCUUACCUUUCCAGUCUGGAUUUUCUCUCCCAGUUCAGCACUGCAUUGCCUGUAAGAAAAAAUCCAAUAGGAUCUGGCCCACAAGUAAUGCAUUCUAGUCCACUUAAUAUAUUUGUUGGCUCUCCUAUCAAAGAGGAUGAUGAGAAUCCAGAUGUUGAUGCUCAGAAAACUAAUCAUGGAAGACAAGAGUCCAGAGAACAUUUCAAGCAGUUGAGUUCCUCCAGCUCUGAGUUUACAAAUAUGAAUACCUCCCCGUUGGCCAACAUAAUCAGGAGUCCUGAUCCCCGAGAGAGGCUUAUUAAGAACCUUCAGGCACAACUGACCUAUGAAUCGCCAGUGAACGGUCCUACCUCAGCAACUUCAAAGAUAACUUCUUCGGUUACUGCUGGAGUUGCCAAUUCACUAUCGGAAAAAAUAGCAGACACUCUUGGGAGCAGCAGAUUGAAUGCACCUUUAUCAUCCGUUCAAAUUCAUUUCAUUCAGAAUAUGAUACAAGAAACUCUGGAUAACUUCAGGGAAGCCUGCCAUCGUGACAUUGUGAAUUUGCAAGUGGAGAUGAUCAAACAAUUUCAUGUGCAACUGAAUGAAAUGCAUGCCUUACUUGAAAGAUAUUCUGUAAACGACGGCUUAGUAGCUGAAAUUGAGAGAUUACGUGAGGAAAAUAAAAGAUUGCAAGCCCACUUCUAAAAAGUCCGUGUUCAUGCAAGGAAAAUGAGUUGAAUUUUUUUUUAUUCUGCUAUGGCACACUGAUGUCAUAUGUCUGACACUUAAGUAGUAUGUGUAAACUCAGUGUUUUUUCCAGCACUAAAGAACCUUAUUUUAAAAUAGAAAAGGCAAUAGUUAACUGAUUAAUACAAAAAUAUGCACUAAUAAUGUUUGUAUCAAAGGGUUUUUAUGGAAAACUUGAAAUACAUUGGUUAUAAAGAGAGGCUUAACAAGAGUAUUAAUCAAUUUUAGCUAUAAACAAAGUGCCUUUUUUAUAAAGGGAAACUAAAUAGGAAAUGUAUUUUGUAUAAGAAUUGCUUUGUUCUGAUAAAUUUUAUUAUGCAUUUCAGGUUUUUUUUUGCAAUGAAGACUUCCAUGACAAUGUCUUGGUUUUGUUUCCUUUGGCUAGAAAAAACAUAAAUGUUUCACAUGCAGUUUUUAUUGUAUAUGCUCUUUUGCUACUGACUUUUUCCUAUAAAUGUUACUUUGUAGGUGUAGGAUGCAAUCUUAGAUUUUUGUUACAACUGAGUUGCAUAUUUACAUAAUUUAAUGGCAUACUGAUAAUUUGUUCCGACUGAAUAAACAAUUUGUGAAGUUGCAUAAACAUGCUUGACUAAUACCAGUCCUCUGUUUCUGACUUCCAGCUUGGUCCUCAAGCUCUCUUUUUAGCACAGGUCCAGUGCAGUCCUAAGAGUCAUAAGAACAUCUGUCAUUUUACCCAGUCUGCAAUUGUGGUUGGAAAAGAUAUAUUUACCACUGUAUGACUAGUCAAGAGCAGAAAAUCAAACUCAUAUUCCUAUUUGACUCUUGUCUUAAAUGUAAUGGCUGAUUACAGGUUUAAACUCUCUUGGCAUACUUUUAUCUGGCUUCAUAUUACCAUUUUUGCACUGUAAACUGAGUGCUUACUUUGUGAUUCACAUGCAGCCUGUUCAGACAGUAGGCAAACUAAUUUUUAAAAUGAAAAGUUGUUGCCCUGUGCCCUGCCAACAUUUGGAAGAGUCUUUGCAGCUAAGACUGCAGUCAUGCCAGCCUUCAUCGAAGUAAGUCCCAUUGAGCUUAAUGAGACUGACUUCUAGGUAGACAUGUCUGUAGAAUUGCACUGUAAGAUUAUCAUGAACAUCUCAAGUUGACUACAAAACUUGGCUUGUCUUCAGAGAAUUAUCAUUAAGGAACAGCCUUAAGCAUUUCAACCCAGUUUUUGCCUUGGGAGGGGCUUUAGAUUGGGUGGAGGGAAUGACCAACCCUUGCAGCCUGGCUUUCUCAUCAUUGCUGUUCUCUGAUGCCAUAAUUUCCUAGAAGCCCAAAAUCUAUAUUAACAAUAUCAAUAGUGUAAUUGUUAUGCACAUAUUUGCCUUGGGAGGAUCUACCCUUAAAGGUAAACAAGUCUACUUGGUAAUUUGAUGUUCACUAGGACUUACUUCAUCCCAUUUUUUAGGAUUUCAGGAAGUAUGUUGAGUAUCGCUUCUGCUCUGCUAUUUUUAUUUAUAAAUACUAUGUUGUGAAGGACAGUAUGAACAUCCAGUAACUUCUGCUGACCAUCAGGGUCGCUCAGUUGUUUGUGAAAGAGGAAGGUGCACUAAAUGAAGCUAGUGAUGUGUUUCUUGUAUGUGUACAGCUAACUGACACAAGAUCUCUCUGCCCACGUUUGGGAGAUUCCCCUCUCCCAUAGCAGCCCAAUAUGAUGCAGGCCCUAUUGUUCAGGAGGCCUCCCAGUCCCUAAAAAACAUUUUUCAGGGGUGCAGAGAGGAGCAAAAGAGAAAAGGGGUUGUACAAGCUGCCUUCCACUUGUGCUACCGCAAGCUUACUUUUUAAGGUGCCAUGCUUUUGUUUUCAUGGGAGCAGACUUGACCCUGAGUACUUCUCUGGAAUUUUGGGGAAACUUUUUUGACCUCAGUGUUGGCUGUUCCUUAUAUUUAGAGGUAACCUUUGACUGUGCAGACUUCCCUUGUUUUUCUACUACGUCAUGAAACUAUGCAGCAAUCAUCCAGACCUCAGGGGAGUAAUACAGGAUUGAUGUUCCUAAAACUGAAAUUGCCGAUGACUAUAUGCAAUCAUACCUAUGGGAAUUGCUGUCGAAAGUAAAGCAUUUAAGUGCAUGAUUCAGCUGCAGCUUUGUACAGAAAGAAUGCAUACUGUUUUGGCAGAGAUAUAAAACUUUGAGAUAGCACACGUCAAAAUAGUACUUGUCUUCAUUUGCCCUCAUUUUAGUAUGUAAAGCAUUUUAAAGUUUGAUGCAAGAGAAUUUGUAAGAUAUACUACUUUGCUUUUGCAUGCUGCAUAGAUCAAAAUCAAUGGGACAUUAAAAUGCUAAAAUGUAGACAUAAAAUCGAGAAAUACCUUUAUAGGGGGAGAAACAUCGAGUACUUUUCAUUUUAAAACUUUCACAGCAGCACAUUAAAUGCUUUUGUUUUGGUUUUAUGUGUUAAACCUUUGACUUUAGGUGCAAUAACAUUGAGAAUUUAAAAUUAAAGCAUAUCUUUCUGUGUUCAAUUACA